AUGGAACCCUCGAGUAUGAAGCGCAUCGAACGUGGCAAGAAGGCGUGUAUGCCGUGCCGAUCGAGAAAGUGCAAGUGUGGCGGCACACCGCCAGCCCCGUGUCCGAACUGCUUGGCCGACGGCAUCGACUGCGCGUGGCCCACCGAGGAUGGGCGGAGCAGCGCGGCGCGGAAAGAGCGUGCGCGCGCCCGGCGACUGGCGAGUAUGGCUGUUCGGGGUCUGGGCCGGCCACCGAGCAAAGCAGAGCGGGAUGCGGAGGGUGAGGCGGGCACAAGCACGAGUACGAGCGUCCUCGGAGCAGAGACGCCGGCGUGGAUGGCUGGUUUCGCCGACGGCUUCGACAUGCCCUUCGACCCCACGCAGUUCAUCCUCGCCAUGUCCUCCCAACUCCCGACGGUGGAAUGUGACGUCUCGCCUUCCGCCCCCCUCUCCCCAUCUGAUGGCAAGGUGGUGAGGAUUACAUGGUGGCGCCCACAUGGCCCGACGGCCAUCGCGCCUGGCCUGAAGCGCCUCUCGCUCAAGGUGCGCGUGGCACCGUCGUCACCAGCCCACCUCCCUUCUCCGAUGGGCAUGGGCGAUAUCGGGGUGGACGGCAUGCCGUCCCCGCCACUGAUGGCGCACCUGCUGCAGGUGUUCAACGAGCACUUUGGGUGCCAGUUCCCGGCUCUCAAGCAGGGGCCGGAAGGGAACGUGUUCCUCAGCAACGCCAUCGCCGCGACGGCUGCGCGGUUCACCGACCAUCCUGCGAUCGCGCGGGAGGGGCUGAAGCGGAGCGAGUACGGCAACGUAUUUUAUGCGAGGGCACGAGCGAUGCUGGGGGACAUGCUGGCUGUGCCGAGUCGUGAGACUGUGCUGGCGCUCGUGUUGAUGGCACAUGUCGGCUUUGGGAAUGACUCGGAGAGUGAAGAGUGGAUGUUCACGGGUAUGGCAGUGCGUAUGGCCAUCGACCUCGGGCAGCAUCUUGAACCACCACACGACCCAGAGAGGGAGGAGGAGGAGCGGCUGGAUCGGCUCACAUUCUGGUCUGUUCUCCUGCUCGACUAUGCGUUAUGUUUUGGCACCGGACGAACGACAACGUUCAGACCUGACGAGGUGACGCGUCGUCUCCCGUCGCUGGAAGAUACGGGCGGCGGGCCGUUCCCCCAUGCCGCACGGAUGAUGCGCGCUUACGGAGGGCUUAUCAACCUGCUGAAUGCGCCACCACACCUCCGACCCGACGAAUCUGAAGUGGCUGCAGCGCGUGCGGCGGCUGUGGCCGAAUACAACAAUCUUCCACCGGACAUGGCGUGGAGUGCGACCAACCUACAAUUGCACACCCUUGCGCACACCGCGUCAGCGUUCCUCCACAUCCACCUGUGGAUGCACACGGUACUCGCCAGCGCGUAUCUCGCGCCAUCAGCCGCGCCCUCGCGCUCAGGGCAUGCGACGCCUGUCAGCGCGCUGUGGAGGAAUAGUGCUCGCACAAUUGGUGACGCGCUCGUCCUCUCAGACGUCAUCGGUCCGAGCUAUCUCGCCCUGCCGUUCGUCAACCAGGCGUUCUAUGUCGCGGGAUGCUGCUACAUCAAAGAAAUUGAGACGGCGCCCCAGGUGGUUGGGGAAGAGGGUCAGGCCGAACUGUUCCGCUCCAUGCUCGCCUCGGUCGCCUCGACGUCCAUCACCACUCUGCGAGCCGGCCUAGCCCGGCAGGCCGAGUACUGGGCAGGCGUGGGGUGGGUGGGGGGUGCCCUUGCGCAGCGCCUCGAGGGGAUACGAGCGGACCAGGUGGAUCUCGAGCGCGUCAACGAGGAACUCGAGACGUACGUCAGUGUCCCUGAGGGUGUCGUGCGCAAGCCUCCCGCUGCUGUAGGCGAGCCGAUGGGCGGAGGUGUGGGCGAAGUGGCAUUUGGUGAGCUCGACCUGCUCCUUCCAUUUGACAUGGGCUUGCCUCAACCCAUGUAA